AUGAGGACCCUUCUGUUAUCCUUAGUCGUUCUGUUUUUCUCUCUGGUUAAAGGGCUCAGCCCCAACUGCAACAUUCAAGACCAGGGCUCAACCCUUCAAGUCAUCCAUGUCAACAGUCCUUGCUCCCCAUUCAGGCCUAAAACACCACUCUCAUGGCAAGACAAUGUCCUCCAAAUGCAAUCCAAGGACAAAGCUAGGCUCCAAUACUUGUCCAGCCUGGUUGCGAGCAAGUCCAUUGUCCCAAUUGCCUCUGGCAGGACCAUUACUCAGAACCCAACUUACAUUGUCAGGGCUAAGAUUGGAACCCCUCCCCAGACCCUGCUCUUGGCUGUAGACACCAGCAAUGAUGCUGCUUGGGUUCCAUGUACUGGCUGUGUCGGCUGCUCCUCCACCACCAUGGUGUUUGAUUCGGCAAAUUCUACCACUUUUAAGACUGUGGAUUGCAGUGCAGACCAGUGCAAACAGGUACCCAACCCAACAUGUGCAGGCACCACAUGUGGCUUCAACAAGACAUACGGUGGCUCCGCCUUCGCUGCCAACCUUGUGCAGGACACCCUCGUCCUCGCCACUGACCCGGUCCCUGGCUACACCUUCGGCUGCAUCCAAACUUCCACAGGCAGCUCCCUGCCGGCGCAGGGUUUGUUGGGGUUGGGGCGAGGCCCACUUUCUUUAUUGUCUCAAACAGAUAGUCUGUACAAGUCCACAUUCUCAUACUGCUUGCCCGGCUACAAAUCCACCAAUUUCAGUGGAUCACUAAGAUUGGGACCCAUCGGCCAACCCAAGAAGAUCAAAUAUACUCAAUUGCUUAAAAAUCCAAGAAGAUCAUCACUCUAUUAUGUGAAUCUAAUGGCAAUUAAGGUUGGAAAUAAAGUUGUUGAUAUUCCAGCCACCGCAUUUGCCUUCGAUCCCAGCACUGGUGCUGGAACAGUCAUUGAUUCUGGCACUAUCUUCACUAAUCUGGUGAAGGCAGCCUAUAUCCCAGUUCGAGACGAGUUCCGGCGGCGGAUGGGCAAUGCCACCGUGACCUCCCUUGGCGGCUUUGACACCUGCUACAUCGUGCCGAUUACCAUUCCCUCCAUCACCUUCAUAUUCUCCGGCAUGAACGUCACACUGCCGCAGGACAAUUUCAUCAUCCGGAGCACCGCCGGCACCACUUCCUGCUUGGCCAUGGCAGGGGCGGCCGACAAUGUCAACUCUGUUCUGAACGUAAUCGCGAACUUCCAGCAGCAGAACCACCGGAUCCUGAUUGACGUGCCCAAUUCCAAGCUCGGUGUGGCCCGUGAAACCUGCAGCUAG